CUACAACCCAGAUAUCACGCAUAAAUUCCAGCCCACCAAAAUGACACGCGCCCAGCAAACAAUCUCCAUAGCUCUCCUCCUCUCUUCUCUCUACCUCACCUGCUUCCUCGGCUUCGUACCCUUCUCCCCCAAAAUCCAGGACGAGAUAAUUCCAGUGUUGCCUUUCUGGAGCCUGGUCUCGUUCGGCUCGUACCUCCUGUUUAAGCUUGGAUACGGCGUGUUUACGUUCAAUGAUGUGCCUGAGGCGCAUAAGGAGUUGAUGGCGGAGAUUGAGCUGGCGAGGGUGGAUUUGAAGGCGAAGGGGGUGGAUGUGGGGAAUGAUUAGGGGAUCAGGGAUACUGGGUAGAGAUGUGAUACGGGGGAAUUUGGGGAUGGGAGGGAGAGCGAUGUUUGAGUGCACUUAGCGGACUGAAGAGGAUAAGCAGGGCAUAAGAGCACCCAGAUGGCUAAGGACUGCGUGGGUCAGGCAUAAGAAGAGCUCUACGCGGAUAUCCGAGGCUCCCAAUACCCAGCAACGCAUUAUACGAAGAGUCACAAUCAAGCAUGUUCAUUCUCCACUGCAACUACAAAGUUGAUUCUAAGGUCUAAAAAUGUACGUAUCCAAUAUUCAAGAUGCAACUAACCCACACU